UGUAACUGAAGUCGUCCAAAAUAAAUGGAAUUUUAAUAUAAAAAACUGAAAUGGCUUUUCUGGAAAUAGUUAUAGUUACGUCCCUAGCCCUAUGGCUGAUAUAUAAAUGGUUGACAAUUCGUGACGAUGAAUUUAAGAAACGUAAUAUACCCUACGAAAAACCAUAUCCUGUGUUGGGUAAUUUCGGCAAUGUUGUGAUGAACAAAAAGUCUGCAACAAAAACGAUUGUUGAAUUCUAUAAACGUAAUAAAAUGCACAAAAUUGUGGGUUUCUUUAAUUUUCGUAAUCCAGUCUUUUUUAUCAAUGAACCAGAGUUGAUUAAGAAAAUCACUGUAAAAGAUUUUGAUCAUUUUCCAAACCAUACACCUUUCAUCAAUGUUGACGGAGAUCCUUUACUUGCUGGUAUGCUUAAUAUAAUGAAGGAUCAGCGUUGGAAGGAUAUGCGUAAUACAUUGACACCAGUUUUCACUGCAGCAAAAAUGCGUAAUAUGUUUCCAUUGAUGAACGAAUGCUUUAAUGAGUGCAUAAAGAAUUUAAAGAUGCAAUUGCCAAAUGGCAGCUGUGAACUUGAAAUGAAACAAUUCAUGACGAAGCUCUCGAAUGAUAUUAUCGCUUCCACUGCCUUUGGAAUAAGUACUAAUUCAUAUGAGGAUCCAAAUAAUCAAUUCUAUAAUGUGGGUCAAUCAAUUACCCGUUUCAGAGGAACACAAAUGUUUAAAUUCAUGAUUUCAAAUGUAGCACCUUGGAUUUUAAAGUACCUUGGCAUGAAAAUUUUCGAUAAAGAGAAGACAGAUUACUUUACUCGCCUUGUUAUUGAUGCCAUGAAAUACCGAGAGAAGAAUAACAUAGUACGUCACGACAUGAUUCAAUUAUUACUAGAAGCUAAGAAAGAUUCUGCACAACACUGGUCUGACGAAGAAAUCGUUGCACAAUGUUUCAUCUUCUUCUUCGCUGCUUUUGAGAAUAACGCAAACUUGAUUUGUGCUACAAGUCACGAAUUAAUGUCUAAUCCUGAUGUUCAACAACGUUUGUAUGAGGAAUGUCUUGAAAUUAAAGAAGAAUUACAGGAGCAACCAUUAAGUUAUGAUAUAGCAAAUAAAAUGAAAUAUAUGGAUAUGGUGCUAAACGAAACACUCCGUAAAUGGUCUAUUGCUGCACUCACUGAUCGUGUUUGCUCCAAGGAUUAUAAACUGACGGACGAAGAGGAUAAUCUUGUAUUCGAAUUUAAAGUUGGUGAUCGCGUCUGGUUUCCAAUUAGUGGCUUGCACAUGGAUGAACAACAUUUUGAGAAUCCUGAAGAAUACAUUCCAGAACGUUUUAGUGAUGAUAACAAAGGAAAUAUUAAACCUUUUACAUUCAUACCUUUUGGUGCUGGACCUAGAAAUUGCAUAGGUAAUCGUUAUGCACUGAUGCAGGCAAAAGCAAUGUUAUACUAUUUAGUUAUAAACUGUAAACUGGAACGAUCAGAAAAUACUGUAAAAGAUAUUUUCGAUGAUAUGCGUGGUUUUAAUGUAAGCCCGCGUGGAGGCUUUUGGAUACGUUUUGUGUCAAGAAACUAACUAACCUAAAGGGUGUUUAAUUGUACUUAAUUUUGUGUAUAAGCUUUAAAUCAGUUUCCACAAUAUUUUUAUCAAUCGAUUAAAUUAUAAUGGAGUUUGUAAAAACUUAUCUCUUGGUUAAAAGAAGUACUUGAAAAUAAAAUUUUUUGAUUAUGACAUUUGAAAUA